UCGUUUUUUUUCUCUCGGGAGAGGGUUGAAGUACCGUGACAAAAGACGUUACACCAUCUUGGGUGGUGGGAAAAAAUGCGUAUAAAUAUGCUGUACUCAAACUUAGUGGACACCGAAAUGUCCAGCUUUCAUUCUGCCAGGUUGGAGGGGGCUCGGCCAGCACAGUGGUGUCGUAACGAAUCGCAAUGACCAACUAGUUGGGGUGAAUUUUGUAUGGAUGCGGGCGGAGGAGAGGGAGGAGGAAGGCAGGCUGGAGGCUGGGCCAGCCAGUGGAAUGCUACGUGUCUUGGAGGCCCUUUUUAAAGCCCCCCUCGUCGCCUUUGGUGACCGGAGCCAAAAAAAAAAAAAGUUAACGACGACCGAUUGCAGCACCAUCCCGAGCCCCGUGAGUCAAGCGCAGCGAGUCCGGUGUCCAGCAGCCCAUCGGCGGCUUCUCCCUCGUCGGAAAUGUCCGGAGUGAAGAAGCCUCGUACGGUAAGAGCCAGAGCGAGUCACCCGCAAGUUGUCAUGAAACUCACGGAGGAGAACCUCAACAGGUCUACCAAUGUGGUCUACCAGGCCCACCAUGUCAGUCGCAGCAAGAGGGGACAGGUUGUGGGCACCAGGGGAGGGUUCCGAGGGUGCACCAUUUGGCUCACAGGUUUGUCUGGGGCUGGAAAAACCACCAUCAGUUUUGCCCUGGAAGAGUUCCUGGUAUCCCAUGCCAUCCCUUGCUACUCCCUGGACGGCGACAACAUUCGUCACGGCCUGAACAAGAAUUUGGGCUUCUCAGCCACAGACCGCGAGGAGAAUAUCCGUCGCAUCGCUGAGGUGGCCCGACUGUUUGCGGACGCCGGACUUGUUUGCAUCACCAGUUUCAUCUCCCCCUUUACUAAGGAUCGUAACGAAGCCAGGAAAAUCCACGCGAGCGCCGGGCUACCAUUUUUUGAGGUGUUUAUCCACGCUCCCUUAGAGGUGUGCGAGAGCAGAGAUGUAAAAGGACUCUACAAGAAGGCUCGGGCUGGCGAGAUUAAAGGCUUUACAGGAAUCGACUCAGACUACGAGCGCCCCGAGGCGCCGGAGUUGCUGCUGAAAACCGGAGAGCUCUCCGUGAACGAGUGCCUGGAACAUGUGCUGGAGAUGCUCCGUGAGCAGAACAUUGUGCCGGGUGAGAUCAUGGAGGACGCCAACGAAUUAUUUGUACCGGAAAACUUUGUGGAUCACGCCGUGGCCAAUGCGAGCACGCUGCCUACCAUAAGCAUCACCAAGGUAACCCGUCUCUCCGCUGCCCAUUUUGGCCUCAUUUAUCAAGCCGCACAGCAGAUGGCGGAGAUGUUUUGAGAAUCCCUGAAGUAU